AUGGCGCCGAUAAAGCGCAAGGGGAACGCCCCCGAAGAAACAGCUACCCGUCAACCUCAGAAACGCGCCAAGGUUGGUGCAGAGGAGUACAAAGAUCAGAAGCCCAAGGAUACCGCCCCGAAGGCUUCGGAGCUCUCUGUCCUCCGUGAUGAUGAGCCUUCUUUCCCUCGUGGUGGUGCUAGUGUUUUGACCCCAUUGGAGCGCAAACAAAUUCAGAUCCAAGCUACCAAGGAUGUCUUAUUCGAGCAAAAGGGAUCUAAGGGACCCAAGAAACCCACCCGCCAAUUGGACGACGAAAACGACGAUGAGGAUGAAGACGAUGAGAUGGAAGACGGAGAAACCACAACCCCCGCCAAGAAGUCGCGCAAGAAGAAGACCAAGGGCAAGAAGUCUGAUGAUACGGAAAAGUCGGAGAAGGGUGUUCGCAUUGAGUCCCUCAGCUUUAAGCACGUUGUGGCUGGAUCCAUGAUCCUCGGUCAAAUAACAAGCAUCAACGCCCACGAAAUUUCAGUUUCUCUACCGAACAACCUUGUUGGCUUCGUUCCUCUCACCUCCGUCUCGAAGGUUCUCGAUGAUAAGAUUGAGAAGCUGCUCAAUGACGAGGGAAGCGAUGACGAGGACAGCUCAGAUGAAGACUCUAUCGACCUCAAAGACUACUUCUACAUCGGCCAGUAUCUCCGUACCUAUGUCGUUUCCACCGGCACCGAGGCUACCGAGGCUGGCGUUCGCAGCAAGAAGCGUAUCGAGCUUUCAAUUGAUCCCAGACAAGCCAACACCGGCCUCUCCACAUCUGACUUGGUGGUUGAGUCGGCUGUUCAGGCCUCUGUUGUCAGUGUGGAAGACCACGGUCUGGUAAUGGACCUUGGCAUUGAGGGCGCAGACCUGAAGGGUUUCAUGUCCUCAAAGGAAGUCGACCCUCGCGUUGAUUACCACAGUAUUAAGGAAGGAUCAGUCUACCUGUGUAUGGUCACUGGCAAGAACUCCAGCGGCAACGUUAUCAAGCUUUCUACCAACCUUCAGUCCGCCGCUUCUAUCAAGAAGUCCCACUUCCUCAGUGCAGCCCCCACAAUCGGCACCUUCCUCCCCGGUGUCGCUGCUGAGAUUCUUCUUACUGAGGUCACUGAGAAUGGCCUCAUGGGAAAGAUCAUGGGCAUGCUUGAUGCAACUGUUGACCUGGUUCAAUCCGGCGCCAAUGAUGGAAAGGUUGACCUGGUGCGGAAGUACAAGAUGGGAGCCAAGAUCAAGGGUCGCAUUAUCUCAACUUUCCCGUCUGCUGAACCUUUCAAGGUUGGCUUUUCUAUCCUAGACCAUGUUCUCAAACUCUCCUCCGAGUCCUACGGUCCUGGUUCGUCUCCCGACGCACCUGCUAUCUCCGCAAUUGUCCCCGAGGCCAAGGUUAUCAAGGUCGAUCCCGGUAUGGGUGUGUACGUCCAGAUUGGCGAAACCAAGCACAUUGGAUUCGUCCACAUCUCAAGACUCUCAGAUGGAAAAGUCGAGUCAAUCUCGAAUGACGAAGGUGCAUUCCAGGUCGGUGCCACUCACGAAGCCCGAAUUGUCGGUUACAAUACUGUGGACAAUCUUUACCUCCUCUCUUUUGAGAAGACCGUCAUUGAGCAACCCUUCCUCCGCCUCGAGGAUGUCACCGUCGGUGCCAUUGUUAAAGGAAAGGUUGACAAGAUCUUGAUCGGACCUACCGGUAUGGAUGGUUUGAUUGUUGGCCUUGCAGAUGGUAUUUCUGGUCUUGUUCCGUCCAUGCACUUUGCGGACUCUCAACUCCAGCACCCAGAGAAGAAGUUUAGGGAGGGCAUGAAGAUCUCUGCGAGAAUCUUGUCCGUCAACCUGGAGAAGCGUCAAAUUCGAUUGACACUGAAGAAGAGUUUGUUGAACAGUGAAUCCGCCAUUUGGAAAGAUUACAAGGAUAUCCUGGCUGGUGCUCAGUCUCCCGGAACCAUUGUCAACAUCCAGGCCCACGGUGCCGUUGUUCAGUUCUAUGGCACAAUCCGUGGUUUCCUUCCUGUCUCUGAAAUGAGUGAGGCCUACAUCAAGGACCCCACUCAGCAUUUCAAGCUGGGUCAGGUUGUCAAUGUCCACGCUCUUAGUGUGGAUGCAUCCCAGGGUAGACUUGCAGUCUCUUGCAAGGACCCGUCUACUUUUACUGAUAAGUACCGCAAGGCCUUUGAAGAUAUUCACCCUGGUCUGCUCGUCGCUGGAACUGUUUUCGAGAAGACCAACGAUGAUCUUCUCCUCAAGCUUGACGAAUCAGGACUUGUGGCUCGUCUGGACGUGCAGCACAUUAUUGAUGGCUCUCCGUCUAAGCAGAGCUCUACUUUGUCGAAGAUUCGUGUCGGCCAGAAGCUGAACGAUCUUAUGGUUCUCGAUAUUAAGCGCGCUCAUCGCCUUAUUCGAGUCACUGCCAGAGCCAGCCUGAAGAAGGCCUCCAAGCAAAAGUCUAUGCCCAGUAAAUUCACUGACCUUAAGGAGCGCACAGCCGUUACCGGUUUUGUCCGUAACAUCACUCCUGCUGGGUUGUUCGUCGAAUUCCUGGGUGGCCUGACCGGUCUUGUCCCCAAGCGUUUGAUCGAAGAUGCCAACCUUUCUCAGGUGGAAUUCGGUGUUUCCAAGGGCCAGACCAUCACUGUGACAGUUCACUCUGUUGAAAGUGACGUCCAGCGCUUCAUUUUGAGCCAAAAGUCUGCCGAGACCACAGAGAAUAUGAAGAAGACCAAGACUCUCAACCAGCCAGAAAUCGCCCUGGUGAACCCAGUCGAUGAGACUAUCAAGACCAUUUCUGACCUCACCUUUGGCAGGCUUGUUAAGUGCAAGGUUGUCUCCAUCAAGCAUACCCAGCUCAAUGUCCAGCUUGCAGAUCACAUCCAGGGCCGUAUUGACGUGUCUGAGGUUUACGACAAGUGGGAGGAUCUUAAGGAUCGCAAGCAACCCCUCCGAUUCUUCAAGGCCAAGCAGGAUCUCUCUGCCAGAAUCCUGGGUGUCCACGAUGCUCGCAACCACAAGUUCCUUCCUAUCUCCCACCGCAGCGGCAAGUACCCGGUUUUCGAGCUCUCUCUUAAGCCAAGCUUCCUCAAGGCUGCCAACCCCGAGCCAUUGAACAUGGAGAAUGUCAAGGUCGGAUCAUCCUGGAUGGGCUUUGUCAACAACGUUGCCGAAGACAGCCUCUGGAUCAACCUGUCCCCCAAUGUUCGCGGCAGACUCCGUUUCAUGGAUGCAUCUGACGACUUGUCUCUUCUGACAGAUGUUGAGAAGAACUUCCCCAUUGGAUCCGCACUGAAGGUCCAAGUCACGGCUGUCAACGCCGACAAGGGUCAUUUGGAUCUUUCUGCUAAGCAGGGCAUUGAUAAGCUUUCCUUCAACGACAUCUCGGUCGGCAUGAUCUUGCCUGGUCGUGUUACCAAGGUGACUGAGAAGCAGGUGAUCAUGCAGCUCAAUAAUGCGCUUGUUGGUGCCGUGGAUAUGCUGGACCUGGCCGAUGAUUACUCCAAGGCCAAUCCCACCGCGCACCAAAAGAACGAGGUUCUGCGGGCAUGUGUUGUUGCUGUCGACAAGGUACACAAGAAGAUCUACCUGUCUCUUCGUCCCUCUAAGGUCAUGAGCUCUUCUCUCCCCGUUCAGGAUCGUGAAAUCUCUUCUAUCAAGGACCUCAAGCCCAACGAUAUCGUUCGCGGUUUUGUCAAGCGCGUUGCUGACUCUGGCCUCUUUGUGGCUGUUGGUCAUGAUGUCACUGCCUACGUUCGUGUCUCUGAUCUCUCCGAUUCUUACCUCAAGGAAUGGAAGGAUGCCUUCCAGAUGGACCAGCUUGUUAAGGGCCGUGUUAUCGUGGCAGAUGCCGAGCAAGGUAAACUGCAGAUCAGCUUGAAGGAGUCUGUCUUGGACCCCAACUUCAAGGCUUUGAUCACCCUGCAAGACCUCAAGGUUGGCCAGAUUGUCACUGGCAAGGUCCGCAAGGUUGAGGAGUUCGGUGCUUUCGUUGUUGUCGAUGGAUCUAAGAACGUCAGUGGUCUCUGUCACCGUAGUGAAAUGGCCGACAAGCGUGUGGAAGAUGCUCGCAAACUGUAUGAUGCAGGCGAUGUUGUCAAGGCCAAGGUUAUCAAGAUCGAUAGCGAGCAAGGAAAGGUCUCCUUCUCUCUCAAGGCCUCCCACUUCCAGGAUGAGGAGAGUGAAGACGAGGAUAUGAGUGACGAUGCUGGCGGUGUCGAGCUUGAAGAUGCCAGCGAUGAUGAUGAUGUCUCCAUGGGAGGUGUUGAUGUGGAAGAUGAUAGCGAGGAGGAUGAUGAUGAGGAUGAGGAUGAUGAGAUUGACAGUGAUGAGGAUGUCGCCAUGUCCGGUACCAAGCCCUCCAAGGUUGGCGGGCUUGGUACUUCUGGUUUCGACUGGAGCGGCAACGCCCAGGACGCAACCGAGGCCGCAAACACCGACAGCGACGAUGAAGGCUCUAAGAAGAAGAAGAAGAAGAACCGCAAGGCUGAGAUCCAGAUUGACCGCACCGGCGACUUGGAUGCCAACGGCCCACAGUCCGUUGCUGACUACGAGCGUCUUCUCCUUGGUGAGUCCGACUCUUCGCUUCUGUGGCUGCAGUACAUGGCAUUCCAGCUGGAGCUGGGUGAGGUUGAAAAGGCUCGCACUAUUGCCGAACGUGCGCUCCGCACCAUCACUAUGGGUCAGGAUUCUGAGAAGCUGAACAUCUGGGUGGCUUUGUUGAACAUGGAAAACACAUAUGGUGACGACGAUAGCCUCGAGGAGGUGUUCAAGCGUGCAUGCCAGUUCAACGACCCCCAAGAGAUCUACGAGCGCAUGAUCAGCAUCUACAUUCAGUCCGGAAAGAACGAGAAAGCGGACGACCUUUUCCGAACCGCCAUGAAGAAGAAGAUUUCGAACCAGUCUCCCAAGUUCUUCCUCAACUACGCCACCUUCCUCUUCGAUACCCUGAACGCCCCCGAUCGUGGCCGCGGUCUUCUCGGACGUGCUCUGCAGUCGCUCCCCGCGCACACACACGUGGAAACCACCUCCAAAUUUGCGCAGCUGGAAUUCCGGUCACCCAAUGGUGAUUCGGAGCGCGGCCGUACCGUAUUCGAGGGUCUUCUGUCGUCGUUCCCUAAGCGCAUUGACCUGUGGAACGUACUAUUGGAUCUGGAAAUCAGUGCUGGUGAUGCGGAGCAAGUCCGUCGUCUGUUCGAGCGCGUGCUUGGCCUCCAAAACAAGAAGGGUGUCAUUAGCGUGGACGCGAGCAAGAAGCUCAAGCCUAAGCAGGCCAAGUUCCUGUUCAAGAAGUGGCUUGCUUACGAGGAAACGCUGGCUUCUGCAAAUGGAAACGAGAAGAUUGUCGAGGACAUCAAGGCGCGGGCUGCGGCCUACGUCAAGUCUCUUCAAGAAGGCAUUAUCCAAUUUAUUUCUCUCGCCUGUGGUAUCGUUCUCUCAUUCUUCCCCGACGAAUAUGACCGAGUAGCUCCCAACUGGGUUCGCACUGGCGACCAGAUCGACGCAGACAUCACCCGCUGGCCCACUGAUAUCUCGCGCGAGAUCAUUCCAUUCGGCUGCCACUCUCACAAUGACUACUGGCGCCGCGUUCCUCUCUAUUCCGCACUACAGGCAGGCUGCAUUGGCGUUGAGGCAGACGUCUGGCUCUUCGAUAACGAGCUCUACGUCGGACACACCACUUCAUCCUUGACAUCGCGCCGCACCCUGCGGUCAAUGUAUGUUGACCCGCUCGUUCGUCUCCUCGAGAAUCAGAACCCGAUUACCCCGUUCCAGCGCUUUGUUAGCCAGCCCCCGCAUGGCGUUUUCGAUACAGACCCUGAACAGACACUGAUCUUUCUUAUUGACUUCAAAACCGAUGGCGCUGCGACAUGGCCUGCUGUCAUGGAUCAGUUAGCUCCGCUACGAGAAAGGGGAUAUCUCACACAUUUCAAUGGGCAUGAGGUCGUCCCGGGACCUAUUACCGUCGUGGGAACAGGCAACACGCCCUUUAAUCUGACCAUUGCGAACUCCACGUACCGGGAUGUAUUCUUUGAUGCACCGCUAGACAAGCUGGUUGAUGCCAGCAAUUCGGACGGAAAGGUAUCCUUAUCUGCCCAGGGAGCUACGGGUCUUGGCCAAGGCUUGUCCGGUAUGCCAGAUGUUAUAACAGCGAAUACGUUCAAUUCUACGAAUAGCUAUUACGCUUCGGUGGAUUUCAAAGCUGCCAUUGGCUUUCCCUGGCCGUUUCAUUUCUCGCAACAUCAGAUCGACUUGAUUCGCACCCAUGUGAGGAUUGCGCACCAGCAUGGUCUUAAAGUGCGGUACUGGGGGCUACCUAGUUGGCCGUGGAGUUUGCGCAAUCAUAUCUGGCGGAUUCUUGUGCAGGAGGGUGUUGAUAUUUUAAAUGUGGAUGAUUUGGUUGGGGCUACUAAAGGUGAUUGGAAGAUUAGGAUCUUCGAUUGGUGGUGGUAG